AUGACAUUAUCUAAACACAUAAACGCAGAAAAAAUCGAAAGAAAGUAUUUGGCUCAAUCUGGCAAGACAGAAUUGACUGAGCAUGAAGAGUUUAUUUCCAAAUAUCAAUCGAAUGUUGCAGUACCAAAGUAUGAAAUUCCUUUAAAAUCUUCCAAUUCAAGUUUGGUUUAUAAGUACUUGAAAGAGGAAUUGGCAUUGGAUGGUAACACUACCUUGAAUUUGGCCUCGUUUGUUAAUACUCAAGUUGAUGAAACUCCUUUGAAAUUGAUUAGUGAGAAUCUCGUUAAGAAUUUGGCUGAUAACGAUGAAUAUCCAACGUUAUUGGAAUACCAACAAAGAUGUAUUUCAAUCUUGAGUAACUUAUGGCAUGCGCCAAGUAAACUUGAUGCUGGCACUCAAACCCAUGUUGCAACCACUGUUGGUACUGCCACCACCGGAUCUUCUGAAGCUAUCUUAUUAGGUGGGUUGGCAAUGAAGAAGAAAUGGCAAGAAAAGAGAAUUGCUGAAAAUAAAUCAAUUAGUAGUCCAAAUAUCUUAAUGGCAUCGUGUGCACAGGUUGCUUUAGAAAAAUUUGCAAGAUAUUUUGAUGUUGAAAAUCGAACUAUUAGAAUUACUGAAAAAUCCCAUCAUUUAAUCGAUACGGAUGAAAUCAAGAAGAAUAUUGAUGAAAAUACAAUUGGGAUUUUUGUAAUUUUAGGAUCUACUUUCACUGGUGCUUUUGAACCAGUUGAAAAAAUUUCAAAAAUUUUAGAUGAAAUUGAAAAAGAACGUGGUUUAGAUAUUAAAAUUCAUGUUGAUGGUGCCAGUGGAGGUUUCGUUGCUCCUUUUAUCUUUCCUCAUUUAAGAUGGGAUUUUGAAGUUGAUCGUGUGAUUUCAAUUAAUACUUCUGGCCAUAAAUUCGGAUUAACCACUGCCGGUUUAGGUUGGAUUAUUUGGAGAGACCUUGAAUAUUUGCCAGAGUCUUUGAGAUUCAAAUUAGAUUAUUUGGGUGGGGUGGAAGAAACUUUUAAUUUGAAUUUUUCUAGACCUGGAUUCCCAGUUAUUCAUCAAUAUUAUAAUUUUUUAACUUACGGUCAUGAAGGUUAUACUAAGAUUUUUAAUAGUGCAGUUCAAAAUGCUAGAUUAUUAUCGAAUAUUUUACAAGAUUCAACUUUUUUCGAAGUUCUUUCGGUUAUUCAUAAAAAAAUUCCUUCAAUUGAAGAAAGAUCUAAAAUUUAUACUAGAAGUCAUGAUAUAAAUCAUUCUCAUAAAGAUGAAUCAACUAGAAAUGAAAAUUUCUAUCCUGGAUUACCGGUUGUUGCCUUUAGAUUUUCUAAAGAAUUCCGUUCUAAAUUCCCAGAAAUCCCUCAAUCAAUUGUUUCCUUAUUACUAAGAAAUAAAGGUUUUAUUGUGCCCAAUUAUCACUUAACUCCCGAUGAACAGGAUAAAGAAAUUUUAAGAGUUGUGGUAAGAGAAGAUUUUGGAUUAAACUUGUUAGAAAAAUUAUCAAGUGACAUCAUUGCUACAGUUGAAUUACUUGUCAGAUCUACCGAAACCGUUCGUUCAGCUGUUGAAGCUAAAAACACCGGUGAAGAAGUUGAUAAAAAAGUAAUUUACGACUUGUUAUUAUCAAUUGUAUCAAAUGGUGCCACUGACGUCAAAGACUUGCAAACUAUCGAAUUAGAUAAAGAAGGUACUGGACACCAUAAACAUAAGAGAUCUUACCGUGGUGCCUGUUAA